AUCAACAGGAGAGGCGUCGGCAUGAAAACAAAGUUACUACAGAUGUUUAGGAUUGCAAGAAGUGUAUUUUUUCUAUUGUAACAUAUUUUCUUGCUCUCGUAGUUUUAGAACUUGUUAAUUUAAAUUUCCCCUAAGUGAAACAUCAUCUUCCACUUUUUCAACAGUACAUUCACCCCAAACCACGAUCAGAAUCAGGCUCUGGGCGUAAAGCAGCGGGCUCAGCCUCUUUGCCUUUUCUUUUCUGGCGUUACCGAAACCAAAAAUGCAGCGAAAGCGAAACCAAAGGCGCCGCCAGCUCUCCGAUUCAGACGCCCUUCUUUUGACUACCCAAAAGCGACAUCAAUAGAAAACAGCAGAAGAACAAAAGACAAAAGCCAGGCCGAUGUCCGCACACCGUACGGCCGGCGGCGGCUCGCGGUGCGCUCAGGUUCGGGCACGGGGCGAGCGGAGCCGAACCCGCCCGGAGCAGCGCCCGCAACUCGCUGCCAUCUCGGGAAACGCGCAGGGAUCAGCGACGGGCCUUCUGUUAGUGCAUUAACCAAUGGCUUUGACACACCAGAAGAACGGUAUCAGAAACUUAAAAAGCAUUCCAUGGAUUUUUUGCUCUUUCAGUUUGGCCUUUGCACUUUUAAAUAUGACCACACAGAAGAGAAGUAUAUUAUGAAGUCAUUUAAUUUCUAUAUUUUUCCAAAACCCUUUAACAGAAGUUCACCGGAUGUCAAGUUUGUCUGUCAGAGUUCAAGCAUAGAUUUUUUAGCAAACCAAGGAUUUGAUUUUAAUAAAGUUUUUCGCAAUGGAAUUCCGUAUUUAAAUCAGGAAGAGGAAAGACAGUUAAGAGAACAGUAUGAUGAAAAGCGUUCUCAGGCCAAUGGUGCAGGAUCUCUCUCCUAUAUUUCUCCUAAUGCCACAAAAUGUCCUGUUGCAAUUCCUGAAGAUCAGAAAAAAUUCAUUGAUAGAAUAGUGGAACAAAUAGAAGAAUUUUUAAAGAAAGAGGAAAAUGAAAGUUUGGAACUGGAGCCAUGUACAGGGUUUCAGAGGAAACUAAUUUACCAGACCUUGAGCUGGAAGUAUCCAAAAGGUAUCCAUGUUGAAACCCUAGAGUCAGAUAAGAAGGAGAGAUAUAUUGUUAUUAGUAAGGUAGAUGAAGAAGAACGAAAAAGAAGAGAACAGCAGAAACAAGCAAAGGAACAGGAAGAACUGAAUGAUGCAGUAGGAUUUUCCAGAGUUGUUCAUGCCAUUGCAAAUUCUGGCAAACUUGUUAUUGGGCACAACAUGCUGCUAGAUGUUAUGCAUACUAUACAUCAGUUCUAUUGUCCUCUACCUGAUGACCUAAGUGAAUUCAAAGAAGUAACAUCAUGUGUCUUUCCACGGCUAUUGGAUACGAAACUGAUGGCAAGUACACAACCUUUUAAGGACAUCAUUAAUAAUACAUCCCUUGCAGAACUGGAAAAGCGUUUAAAAGAGGUUCCAUUCAGCCCUCCUAAAGUUGAAAGUGCAGAAGGGUUUCCAAGUUAUGACACAGCUUCUGAACAACUUCAUGAAGCAGGAUAUGAUGCUUACAUUACUGGACUGUGCUUCAUCUCCAUGGCUAACUUUCUAGGUUCGUUUCUUAGUCCUCCAAAAAAUCAUGUGUCUGCUAGAUCAAAACUCAUCGAACCUUUUUUUAACAAGCUAUUUCUUAUGAGAGUAAUGGACAUACCAUAUCUGAAUUUGCAAGGACCAGACUUGCAGCCAAAAAGAGAUCAUGUUCUUCAUGUCACUUUUCCCAAAGAGUGGAAGACUAGUGACCUUUACCAGCUUUUUAGUGCCUUUGGUAACAUUCAGGUUUCGUGGAUUGAUGAUACAUCAGCAUUUGUAUCAUUGAGCCAGCCAGAACAAGUACAAAUAGCUGUAAACACCAGCAGAUAUGCUGAAAGUUACAGGAUCCAGACGUACGCAGAAUAUGUUGAAAAAAAACAUGAAGAAAAGAGAGCAAAGAGAAAAUGUACAGAAGAUAGUUGGAAGGAGAUGGAGAGAAAACGGUUGAAAACUCAAGGUGCACCUUACAUUUCCCAGAGUCGAUACUACUGUGUUGACAGUUUUACAGGUACCAGUAUAGUGGGAAAGAGAAGUAUGAGUCCUAUUCAGGAAGAAACUGGUUCUGACAAUUUGGAAGAGGAAGGGGUUCCAGAAGAUCAGACAAACUCCUAUGCAGAGUCACCUCCAGAUGUUAAGAAGAGAGCCAAAAGGUUCAAAAAAAUCAAGAGAGAACAAGUUUCAGCAGGAAGCCUCACAAGUAAUUCCACUGAAAUUUUUGAAGUCCCUGAAACAUGGUAGGAAAUAACUGCCUUAACAAGUGGAAUUGAUUGAAAGCAGUUGUGAGAAUACAUCUCCUGGAAGCCAUAAUUUAUUUAACUGAAGUGGUGUUAACAAAUCAGUAUGUGUCCUGAAAACCAGUUUAAUUAUUUUAAACUGUUACUGAACAAUCACUGUCAAUUUUACUUGUGUGUAUAUUGACUAGUAUAUGAUCUUGUUGUUGAUCAAGUGAAGUCCUUGUUAUUAAUUAUGUUAGAUUUAAGAAGCAAGACUAAAUGUAUUUCAGUCAUCCACUUUGGCAUGUUGGCUAUGAAAUGUACAAAAAGACCCGGCAGCCUAUGAUUUUGUGCUUGAGGGGAGUUACCACAAAUCUUCUGAUCUUUAGAUAUUUUUCCAGGCAACGUCAGAGUGCUGCCAGAACUCUUGAUACAGGUAGAACUGCAGUUUCACAUAUUGCUUUUUACCUGUUACUAUCUGGAAAUCAUUUUUUAGUUUUCCAUUCUUUACUUCACCCCCAGUGCAACCAGCCUUCAUCUGAAUACCAGCUUUACAGAUACCCUGUCUUUUCCAAAAAUAUAAUUUAUGUGCUCCUUAAAUAUGAGUUUCCUGGUGGGAGGUAGUUUUUUCUUUGUUUUCACAUUUGCUGCUGUUUUCACCCUUAAGUCCCUAUCUAUUUCUUCCCUGCUUCUUCCCCAUCUUGUGGGGUUUUUGUUAAAAAUGUUUUUUGGUACCUGUGACAAACCUGCUAACUGUACCAGCCCUCUAUUUGUUUAAAAAAGAUCUGCAUUGGUAGAUUUCAGAAAAUGUUUGAUAUUUAACAUUUUUGUAUCAUGGAAAUAAAAACAAAAGAUGUAUUUCCAUAAAAUGAAAAUUAAAGAAAUUUUCUUAGGAAGUGGUUUCCUUUUAUGUAUUGGCUCCUGAAAUAUAUUUUU